AUGUCACAAACCCAACAUAUUCCCGUCCUGAUAAUAGGCGGUGGCAUAGUCGGGCUCUCGGCUUCCCUCUUUCUAACCCAACAUUCCGUCCGCAGCCUCCUCGUCGAACGCCACUCCUCGACAUCCAACCAUCCCCGCGGCCGCUCUGUCAACACCCGCACAAUGGAAUUCUACCGCUCCCUUGGCAUUGAUGCUGCCGUUCGGCAAGCCGGCGCCACAAUAGCUCCCAGUAUGGGGAUCCUCAAGGGCCCCUCUCUCGCAUCAGUCAUGGAAAAAAGACCCCGCGAAGAAGGCACAAAGGAGAUGCCUCUCGCAGGCUUAUUUUCUGACCAAAGUCCCGAGAAGGGGCAAAGGGUGACGCAAGAUGAGCUUGAGCCCGUCUUACUUCGGGCGGCGCAGGAAAGAAGUGGCGAGGUCCGGUUUGGCGUUGAAUGUUUGGGUGUCGAGCAAGACGACAGCGGCGUGACAGCUAUGUUGCGGGAUGGUGAGACUGGAGAGACGAGCGUGGUGAAAGCCGAGUAUUGUAUUGCUGCGGAUGGCGCGGGGAGCCCGAUCCGGAAGCAGCUUGGAGUGAAGUCGAGAGGACAAGGGACAUUGGGCCAUAUGCUGAAUAUUCUCUUCCACGCUGACCUCAAAGCCUUCGUUGAGAAUCGUGAGUUCAGUUUGUGCGUUGUCGAUCACCCAGAGGUCCGUGGCUUGCUCACAUCCAUCAACAAUUCUGACCGCUGGGUGUUUCACCUAUGCUAUGAUCCGGCGGAGGGCCAAAAAGUGGAGGAUUUCCCGGAGCAAAGAUGCGUUACGCUCUUACGCUUAGCAUUGGGGAUGUCGGAGCUCGAAAUUAGUAUUAAAUCCAUUAUGCCGUGGGAACCUUCUGCGAUGUUUGCGGAGCAGCUCCAGCAUGGUCGCGUCUUCCUUGCUGGAGACGCGGCUCAUCAAAUGACGCCUUACGCUGGCCAGGGCGCAAACUCAGGUAUUGCGGACGCACAUAAUCUCGCUUGGAAGUUGGCAGCUGUCCUUAAAGGCUAUGCUAAGCCUGAGUUGCUAGAGACUUAUGAUGUGGAAAGGGACCCAGUAGCGAAGGUGGCCGUGGAGGUAAGUGCUGUUGCAGCAGACGAGAGGGGUAACCUGGCCGUGAGUAUGAGUCUGGGGACAGCUUGGGCCAUGGCUAGGAGGUUAUACAUAAUUUCGGGUUUUGGGUAUACUUACACAUCGAGGGCAAUUGUCGAGGAAGAUACUGGCCCAUUAGGGGGAAUCACGUGGAGGCCGUGGACUUUGAACUCACUACUUAUGUCCCUUGACGGGAGGCCUGGGACGAGAGCACCUCAUGUUUGGGUUGUGCAGGACGGGAAGCGUAUCUCGACUCUCGAUUUAUUUGGGAAAUCCUUUGUGCUGCUCGCUGGACCAGAUGGCCAGUCAUGGAAAGAUGCUGCGAAGACAGUAUCUUCCGCAAUAGGGGUUAACUUAGAAGCCUAUUGUGUCGGGAUGAAUGGUGACCUUGUGGAUGCAAAAGAUGAAUUCCGAGCUGCCGCUGGGAUUUCAUCCAGAGGAGCUUUGCUGGUAAGGCCCGAUGGCUUUGUGACUUGGCGUGAGAGGAGGCAACCAGUUGAUUCCCAGGAGAGACUUGAGAAAGCCCUGAAGAAAACUUUAUGUCUCUAA